CAAAGAAAUUUGUUAGCUCUUCAGAGUGCUCAAAGCGGAGGGGAGAAGUAGUGAACAAAUGAGAGAAAGCUCAAUGCUGCUUGUUGGGAGUGCCAAAGCAAUAGACAAAGGCGUUGUUGUCUCUUUAUCCAUCAUUCUUCAACAUCGACGCUCCCUUUCAAGAAAACCACAUAAAGCAAAGUAAAGCAGAGCAGAGCAGAACUAAGCAGAGUAAAGAGAGGAGUUUCUCUUUGAAUCAUGUUUCAUCAAAGACAGCGAAUACGUACAUAUAUAGGAGGAUGGGUCUGAUGAUUUGGCGUUAGCGAUGAAGAGGUAGAUUAACAGAGAAAUCGAGCACGACAAUAUGCCAUCCGAUCAACCAGAGCCAAGCAGGCCACGCAGAAUAAGAAUAUCCGUGGCUUCUUCGGCUCGUCGAAUAAGAUCUGUCUCUCAGCAAAGCGCUUCGCCACGCCUAUCAGCAAGGCAUUUCAUUGUAAGCAGCAGCAGCAGCAGCAGUAAUGCCUCAAUAUCGCCCACCCUUAGUUCACGGAGCAGCAUAACAAGCCGAACGACAUCGCCAACGAAAACGACAUUGCAGGAACUAUCUCCGGCUAGGGCUGAGGAUAAUGGAACCUGGUACUGGCCAACCGUGCGUGAGUAUAUCAAUAAUGGAGGACAUGAAGCUGGCCUUGCUCGGAUUCAAGUAAGAUGUCCCAUCUGUCGUGACGAACUGCCUGUGCGAGGCGUCGAGCCAAGCAAGAAGGUGCUUCGACAGAAGGAAGGCGUGGUGAUAGGUUGCGGACACAUCUUUUGCCGCCAAUGUUUGACGGAGUGGUUCCGUCAACAGCGUACAUGUCCCGCGUGUCGAGAAAGUAUGGAGUGUCAGGAGUGCGAAGCUCAAGCGCGCUGGGUCGCCAUUCCCAAGGAUAACGAUGACUUGGGGGAACUUCCCCCGACAAAAUCAGAACGCCCACACAAGGAGCUGCCGUCCAUGUGCGUCCGCUGCGAGGCGCGCCGCUGGUGGAUAUUCGAUGUGGACCACGGACGGCACGGCCUGCCGUCCCGCGGUGUGAUAGAUUCGGAUUUCCAGAGGCUGAUGAAUCACAUGAUGGAGCGCUUGGAGAAACAAAACAUGGCGAUGGGAAUGGACGAGAUGGAACGGGAGCUGCUGGUGCUAUUCAACGAGCACUUCAUGCGGCUGUUAGAAAAGAGGGAGCAGUAUAUCUCGGAGUACGCGCAUGAUCCCUCGAACGCGAUGAAUCAUGCAUGGGGAUGAGACUUGCGUUUGCGAUUCGGCCGAGUG